AUGGCUGACGUCGAGAUGAGCGAUGCCCCAACCACCGUGGCUAAGAAGGCGGACGGAGCCGUCGAGAAGAAGAAGUUCGAGGUCAAGAAGAGUCAUGCUAAUGCGAAACAGUGGAACGCCGUUGCACUCUGGGCCUGGGACAUUGUUGUUGAUAACUGUGCUAUUUGCCGAAACCACAUCAUGGAUCUUUGCAUCGAAUGCCAGGCAAAUCAGGCUUCGGCGACAAGCGAGGAGUGCACAGUUGCUUGGGGAAUCUGCAACCACGCCUUCCAUUUCCACUGCAUCUCUCGAUGGCUCAAGGCCCGAUCCGUCUGCCCGCUAGACAACAGAGACUGGGAAUUCCAGAAGUACGGUCGAUGA